GCCACAGGGGAGGAAAUGCCAGAGAUAGCAGGCCCCGGCCAGGACCAAUAUGAGGCGCGAGGCGGCCGCACAUGCAUUUUCUCGCUCGCUGCCGCCAUGCUGAGCCUCGUCGCAGUCUUGAGUCUCGCAUCCCUCGCGCGGGCCGCCCCUGAGCCCCUGGAGGUGUCCGAGAGUCUGUCCCUGGAUAAUGGGCUCAACAGGGGUGACUGGGGACCCAUCGAGCUCUGCCAGACCCGCUCCUUCGCUUACGGCUUCCAGAUCAAGUACCAGGACCUUGGCUUUGUGGACGACACGGCUGCCAACGGCCUGAAGCUCUACUGCCGCGACGGACUCGGCGCCACCACUGGCUACAUCACGAGCCUCGUUGGAAACCAUGGCACGUGGCGAAAUAUCCUCCAAUGCCCGUCGUCCGCGUACGUGGAGGGCGUGCGGGCGUACGUGUUGCCCGACCAAGGCAGCAUGCACGACGACCUGGGCGUGGAUAAUGUGCAGCUGUGGUGCAGCGAAGGGACGAUCCUGGACGGGAAGAACUGGCUGACAGCGCGGGCGGCGGAGAGGGCGGCGGAGAGGGCGCCGGAGAGGGCGGCGCCCGCGGACGAGCUUCUCGCCAGGGCGGAGAAUCUGGAAAUUGAGAGAGAGAGAAUCACUGUUGACGAAAGAGAAGUUGAGGCCGUUUACCUGAAGUCGGGUUACAAAGGAACACCGCGGAUCGACGGAGUGUGGAGCCUGUGGGCGUACUGCUCGAGCGGUAACUACGUGUGCGGCCUGGAGACGCGCGUCGAGAAGGAGUCCACGUUCACGGACGACGCCGGCCUGUCCGACUUCGUGCUGUACUGCUGCUUGCUUUAGGCCGACCGCUCCCUCGAGACGCUCGAACCGGAAAUCUGGCGGUUGUUCGGGUUCCUGGUUUGGCGUCUGCAGCGAGAGCACCUAGCGGAAUCGGGCUGUUGGACCGGAAUAAAACGUUAGAUAGCUUA